CGACUCAUCACCAUCCCCCUCGGGCCUCGGGCAAUCGCCAAUGGACGCGGUGGUCGCCGGGCAGCAGGCGAGGCGGCGGAUCCGGCCGCCGGAACCGCUCGUGAUGGCCGGGUCACCGUCGACGCCCGCCGCCUUCCGGUGCCCGAUCUCGCUGGAGGUGAUGCGGUCGCCGGUGAGCCUGCCCACCGGCGCGACGUACGACCGGGCGUCCAUACAGCGGUGGCUCGACACCGGCCACCGCACGUGCCCGGCCACGCGGCUACCGCUGGCGUCCACCGAUCUGGUCCCCAACCUGCUCCUGCGACGGCUCAUACACCUGCACGCCGCCACGCUGCCUCCCUCGCCCUCUCCGGGGGAGGUGCUCUCUCAGCUCGCCGCGGCGGAUGGGGAGCCCGCCGCGGCGGAGAAGGCCGUGCGCUCGCUGGCAUCCAAGAUCGCGCCGGAGAAAGGGAAGCGGGCCUCCGUCGCCUCCGCGGUCGCCGCUGAUCUUGAUUCUGCCGUGCCGGCCCUCCUCUCCUUCGCCAAGGGAGGGGCAGGCGCCGACGCGCGCGUCGACGCAGUGAGGAUCCUGGCCACGGUGGCUCCGGAGCUUAUCCUUUACUUGACAGGAGAGGAGAGGGAGAAACGCGGAAAGGUCAGGAUGGCCGUGGAAGCCUUGGCCGCCGUCUUGUCCGCGGACGGGGUAUGCGAAGACACCAAGGAAGGCCUCAUCGCCGGUCUCGUAGCCGGCGAUCUGGGCCGCAUCGUGAGUACGCUCAUCUCAGAGGGGGCUAAUGGCGUCGUGGUUCUUGAGGCGAUCCUGACGUCGCCCGUGCCAGACGCCGACGCCAAGACCGCUAUCGCCGACAGGUCAGAGCUAUUCCCGGAUCUGGUACGGAUCCUCAAGGACGCCGCAUCGCCGGCGGCAAUCCGUUGCAUGGCCGCGGCUGUGCUGGUACGAGGGCGCCCCGCCCGGUCGUCGAUGGUCCGGGCAGGCGCCGUCCCCGCGCUCGCACUGGCCGUCGCGGCAGCGCCCACCGCUGUGGCAGAGUCCGCCCUGGGGCUACUAGUAGAGGCCGCCCGCUGCAGCGAUGGCAAAGCGGCCAUCGGCGCCGACGCGGCGGAGGUAGCGGCAGCCGUGAUGGGGCGGAUGAUACGGGUCGGGCCGGCGGGGCGCGAGGCCGCCGUGGCAGUACUGUGGCUGUCCUGCUGCGCGGGGGGCGGCGACCGGAGGAUGAGAGAGGCAGUGGCAUCCGCCCCGGAGGCCGUCGGGAAGCUGCUCGUGGUGAUGCAAGGGGACUGCUCUCCGUCGACGUCGCGGAUGGCCGGCGAGCUGCUCCGGGCGGUGAGGAUGGAGCAGGAGAGGAAGGGCCUCGCCGCCGCCUACGACAGCCGCACCAUCCAUGUCAUGCCUUACUGAAACCACCACACAUUGUACUCCACUUAGCGUGUAAUUUACCAAGCUAGUAAACCCUAGCGUUAAUGUCGUCAAGACAUCACCACUCGGGGCUGCUAAAAAUUUAGCAUGAUUUAGGGCAUCAUCUGCUUGCAAAAAUAUAUAUGCGGCUUCCAUUCGAGCAAAGCAAAAUCGCUGUAUGAGACUCGAAUAACAACAUUGUUCAUGGCA